UCUCUGUCCCUCCAUCCAGAGAGGAGCAAGGCCAAAGCUGUGGCCUUGGGCAGUUUCCCGGUAGGCGAGCAGGCAGAGCUGUCUCUGAGACUGGGGGAGCCAUUGACCAUCGUCUCUGAGGAUGGAGACUGGUGGACGGUGCUGUCGGACAUAUCAGGCAGAGAGUACAUCUUCCCCAGCAACCAAGUGGCCAAAAUCUCCCAUGGGUGGUUGUAUGAGGGCCUGAGCCGGGAGAAAGCUGAGGAACUUCUGCUGCUGCCUGGAAACCCAGGAGGGGCCUUCCUCAUCCGGGAGAGCCAGACCAGGAGAGGCUGUUACUCCCUGUCGGUCCGCCUCAGCCGCCCUGCGUCCUGGGACCGGAUCAGACACUACAGGAUCCAACGCCUUGACAAUGGCUGGCUGUACAUCUCACCACGCCUCACCUUCCCCUCACUCCAGGCCCUGGUGGACCAUUACUCUGAGCUGGCGGAUGACAUCUGCUGCCUACUCAAGGAGCCCUGUGCCCUGCGGAGGGCCGGCCCCCUCCCUGGCAAGUCCAUACCUCUACCUGUGACUGUGCAGAGGACACCACUCAAUUGGAAAGAGCUGGACAGCUCUCUCCUGUUCUCCGAAGCAUCUGCCACAGGGGAGGAGUCCCCCCUCAGUGAGGGACUCCGGGAGGCCCUUAGCUCCUACAUCAGCCUGACUGAUGACAUCUCCUUGGACGAUGCCAAGGCCCAAAGCAGAGGCCGAAAGGGGAACCAAGGCUGCAGCACCUAGAACCCCAACUCAGCUCAGCCUGACUGAGCACCCCAGAGGCAAAGGCUGUGCAGAGUGAGGGGAGGGCUGGGACACAGCGGCACAGCCAGAGUCCCACCCCUAUCCUCUGUUCCUUCCUCUCUCAGCCCUAGGAAGUCACCUAACCUCCUCCCAGUGCCAUGACCCGACCUACAGCCUCUAGUUCAGGUAAAGACGAGUUGAGAACAGGGCCAGGACUCCAGACAGACUAGAUGUCCUCGGCGUGACCAGCCAGCUCCAGAGUCUGGGCGUCCCAGUACCACGCCCCUCCCUCUGCCUGCUGAGUCUCAUUCUACCCACCCCACAACCACUCCCACAAAGCAGAGAACGCCCACUAGCAUCAGGAGAAAAAAAUAAUCAUUUAAGGAAAACCGACCAGUCUCACUCAGAAUGCCACCACACCUCAGAAGGUAGAACUACGGCCUAGAAGGGACAGCAAGGACGAGGGGAUGGGUGGCUUAAACGGCAGCAGAACCUGGGCUCUCCAGCUUCCACCGGACCGCCACGGCAAACAGCAGGACCUCCGACAGUCCAGGUCCUCCAUGUCCCCAUUAAGCCCCUUCUCUGGACAGUCCUAGCUCUCAGAUCUUGCAUUUUGUGGCUCAUCAUUUGAACCUGGCUGAGCUUUCUCGGCUACAACAGCCUUGCCGUCUUGUAGCCAAAUGCAAAGGACACCAUCCGAGCGUAGCACACCACAGUGAGCUCAGCACACCACAGUGAGCUUAGGCGUGUCCCUCAGUGCUGAGCGGGAGCAUCAAGGCAUCGGAAGGUGGUAAGCCCUCCCUCCACAGAGUCAAGGCCACAGCCCACACCAACUCCAGCCCUUGAUUUCCCUGCUGCACAUUAAGGGAAAGAAGCCUGGAUAGAGCUGUUAAGGGAGCAGGGAGAGGAGGAAAAGGGAAGGGGGAAG